CGCACACAUAUCAUCAGACGCCGGUUUAGGCAGUGGAAGGCUCUAAGGUAUUAAGAAGAUAUAAAGCCUCAGAAUAGAGGCUGAGGUCUCUUAUUUUCUUAUUCCACGCAUACUGUUACACACCUAGAUUGCUACAAUGAAGAGGCUAACCUCUUUGUUAUUGCCAAUUGCUAGCUGGCUACUGGCAACGAAAUGGGCAAAUGUGAUUGUUAAUGCUUAUCUUGUUAUCCCAGACCCGCCGAUUGCUGAACAAUUGACGGAUGAUACAUACGAUGAUUUCCUUAAGAGUACGGACAAGACCGCCAUUGUAUUCGCAUACCCUUCAGCUGCAGUCUUUGGACAUGCCAGUCUCAGCGAGUUCGCAAUGGUUUCAAAGAUGCUGGAGGGUAACCCUAAGUGUAAAUUGGGUAUAUACCAAAUCAAUUUGACAAUCAACUCGCCCGUUGAAUCUAUGAAAUCUACCUUAAGCUACCUUAAAGAUGGAGAGUUGGUAUACAUGCCGGGAGAUGUUAACAAAGUAGCUCUCAUUAUGGCCUGGAUUACAAAGGAACGUAUUUGUGAUCCGCGUCUACAGUCAAUUGAAUCAACGCGUUAUUAUCUGCGUGCACUUGAACCGGGAUAUGUCAACUCUUUGUUGAUUAUGCAGGAAGACCACACUGAUGAGAAGCUGGCAAACAACAUUUACGACAUUAUUUUGGAGAGUGGGUACAAUAUGGGUUUCAUGAUUGCAAACAAAAAUGAUCUUGUUCAUUAUGCAUACAAGAUGCAUAGACUCAGUGAAGAGUCCAUCAUGCCUUUGGCAUUGAUGGUUACCAGAAAUACACCUCUGCAACACCCUAUCAAGUUUUUGUGGCAUAACCUGUAUAAUUUGGACAAAGUUCGUACUUUCUUGGACAAGGAAUUGGUACCUCCGGUGCACUGCACCAACUCAUUCAUGUUGGACGAUGUUAUGGCAAUGAACAAAACCAUGAUCUACUUGUUCACCAAGGACCCUAAUUUGGAUGAAUAUAUUGAUGUGGAUUGGCUUAAAAAGUUUGCUCUAGAGAACAACGACAAAUUCGUAUUUAUCCACUCAAAAGGUGAUGAUACUGUUGAAGAAAGGUUGAACUCACUACUAGUUAUUGAUAGCGACUACGUGGAAACGGCCGUGCGCGCUUUCGAAAUUCACCCUGGAAAAAAUGAAUUCGUUAAGUUCAGACCACUCGAUGACCAUGAUAAUCUCAUCACUGAACCACAUUUGGUCAAGUUCAUCAAUGACAUGCGCGAUGGGAAAAUCAGGCAUUUUGUGAAAUCCGAAAUGCCAAUUCCGGAACGUAUAGAUGUAGGACACGUGAAGACCAUUGUUGGGGAAGAUUUCCACCGCAGGGUUAUCGACUCCGAAAAGGAUGUUUUGAUAUUGUUCUUUUCACCUUGGUGUGGACACUGUCACCACGCAAAACGCGUGUUCAGAGACCUUGGUCGCCGCGUGAAGGGUAUGGAAUCAGUUGUUGUGGCCAAGUUUGACGCUUACAACAACGAAGUUGAAAACACAACCGUAUCAGAAUUCCCUACUGUCGUUCUCUAUCCUCAUGGAGCUAAACAUCAGCCGAUACAGUACACUGGUAAGAUUGUCAUGGAAGACCUUGCCCACUUCCUGGAAACCGAAUGCAAGAAAAGUACAAUUAGCUCACAUGCAAUCAAGAGGCGUGAAGUCGAUCAAGAGCAGCUAUUCGAGAGGCACUCCGAGCUGUGAAACUUUAGUAUCAUACUCGAUGCGUCACUCAGCAAAACACAUACAUCUCAUGCAUAGGUGUAAAACACCAUGCUGUUUAUAGUGUAACAUAUACUGAAAAUA